AUGGAAUAUAGCCCGGUUUGCCACAGUUUGUCUGCGCUCUCGCACAGCCCCGUGAAGAAGAAACUCGUAUUGCUGGCCGUCAUGUUUUUGCUGUGGGUAUACAUGCUGUACUCCUGCGUGGGAUAUUGCUCCACCAUGCCAAGUCUGGUGGCGGCGGAUAGUCACCGGGGCAGGGAGACGGGGUCGCCGCCGGUGGGCAAAAGGACAGAGAAUAGCAGGACGGACUUGAUGUCCCGACUGCUGCUGCCUAAACCGCAGAAGUGGGUGGAUAUAGAGGCCGACUACGACGACGAGCCAUCACCCAUCAGGACCGCCGCCGCUUCGAGAGACCUGCUCGACAACGAGGUCGAGGUGGACAUGGACACGGACAGAGCCGAUGACUGGGACGAGGUGAGGGGCGAGCAGCAGAGGCUCCCAGAGCCCGGUGCCAUGUCAAGUUUCUCCAACGGCUCCGGGAGCAAGAAGCUGCCCCAGGCCAUCAUCAUCGGGGUGAAGAAGGGCGGGACGCGGGCGCUGCUGGAGUUCCUCCGCGUGCACCCCGACAUCAGAGCCGUGGGAGCGGAGCCGCACUUCUUCGACCGUAACUACGACAACGGGCUUCAGUGGUACAGGGAGCUGAUGCCUAAAACCCUGGAGGGCCAGAUCACCAUGGAGAAGACCCCUAGCUACUUUGUGACCAGAGAGGCUCCAGCGAGGAUCGCCGCCAUGUCGCGGGACACCAAGCUGAUCGUGGUGGUGAGGGACCCCGUCACCAGGGCAAUCUCCGACUACACGCAGACGCUGUCCAAGAAGCCCGACAUUCCGUCUUUUGAGAGCCUGACCUUCAAAAACAGGACUACGGGGCUCAUCGACACCUCGUGGAGCGCCGUGCAGAUCGGCAUCUAUGCCAAACACCUGGACAACUGGCUGCAGUACUUCCCCAUGGACCAGAUCCUGUUUGUGAGCGGUGAGCGUCUGAUCAGCGACCCGGCCGGAGAGCUGGGCCGUGUGCAGGACUUCCUGGGGCUCAAGAGGAUCAUCACAGACAAACACUUUUACUUCAACCAGACCAAGGGCUUCCCGUGCCUCAAGAAGGCUGAGGGCAGCAGCAAGCCCCACUGCCUGGGCAAAACCAAAGGGAGGACGCAUCCCAACAUUGACCCUGAGGUGGUGCAGAGGCUACGGGACUUCUACAGGCCUUUCAACAUGAAGUUCUACCAGAUGACAGGGCACAACUUUGGUUGGGAUUGA